UGACGAUUAAGCGAACUACCAGCCCUUUGGAGAGAGAGUGAUAGUGUGAGUGAGUGCGUGUGUGUGUGUGAGAGAGAGAGAGAGAGAGUGGAGGCGUACAGCUAUGCAAAAACCGUGUGGUAGAGAUAUAUUGCCAUCGCGCACUAUUACACACUGACAGCUACUUUCAAAAGAAGAGCGCUCAGCGCAGAGGAGCUCACCUGUACAGGAAGAAGAAAUUAAUUUUUAUUAACAUUCAGCCGAUCUCCAGCCGAACAGCUUGAUCUUCAGAGCAGAGCAGAGUUAAGCUGCCAUUCAUCUGCACAGGAAUGGUGGAUCACUUGCCGCCUGGUGAGGAGACCUUCCUGUAUUAUACCGGCUCUCCGGGGUCUGACUACAACUGCCUCUGUCACUAUGCCAAUGGUGGCGUGUCAUCGGGUAUCAUGGUAACUGAUGCAUGUAUCUGCGAUCACCACCACCACCCCUACCAUGGGCUGACACUCUCCUCCUCCCCUCGCCUCUCUGAGGAUUACCUCAGCAGCUCCUCCAGCCCUUGUUCCUCCCUCUGCUCCAGCCCUGAGUCCUCGUCGCCAACGUUGCAGAACAUUCUCGGCUCCAGCUAUGAAAGCAGGAGCAGCAGGAGCGGUGGGAGCUAUAGCUCCUCAGGAGGAGAGAGUCAAGACAGCCUGCUAGACCUCCUCCUCUCACAGGCCUCGCUUGCCACCUCAUUAAGCUCUAAUGCCAGCAGCAGCUCUCAUUUUUCUCCUCUAUCUUCCUCUCUGUUCUCCCCACCCUCUUCUUCCUCCUCAUCUGCCCCUCUUUUACCCAUGGGAAUCGCCUGGGAGUCCAAGAAGGAGCAGUGGCUGAGUGUACUCCAGCAGCAGGCCAAAGAGGACUGUUAUGAGUUCCCUGUCUUCCUGGAUGAGCUGCAGGAUCCUGCAGUGCUCCUCUUUCAGCCCACCCUGGAGGAGAUUGAGGAGUUCCUGGAGGAGAACAUGGUGGUGGCAAUGGAAAAAGAAGAGGAGGGGAGUGAUGAGGCGAUGUCACCAACGUCAGAGGAUGCUGAAGCGGAAAGUUCAAGGACAUUAGUAGGAGAACUCAUAUCAGUGUCACAGAACUCAGAUCAAACUGUACCUGUGGCUCAUUCUCCACUCUCCUCCUACACAGAGACCAAACAUGCACCAUGUGCAUCUGACAUAGACAGCUCACAAUCAGCAGUGGAUGUUAAUUGUAGUUCUACUAGAAUUGGUGUUGAUGGGAUCAAACAGGAGGACUGUGGUUCACCGCCAGCCUCAUCAGAAGGUACUAGUGCUGCUUCCAGUGUGCCUGUCAUCCUACAAAUCCAGCCCAUACAUAUCAAACAAGAACCCAACCCUAGAGCCAUAUCAGAUGCUGUCACGCAACAAACCCAACCCCAUAAAACCGAAUCCCAGCCAACCCAGGCCCCGUCGGAUAUCAAAAUCGCCCAACUUCUGGUCAACAUCCAGGGGCAGACUUUUGCCUUGGUGCCUCAGCUGCUUUCCCCAGCAAACAUUACUAGCUCAAGCAAAACCGGAAGCACUGCUUCAUCCAAAUUUGUCCGGAUCGCGCCAGUGCCCAUUGCCGCAAAACCCAUUCUGCUUGGAGAAGGCGUGUUAGGUGGAGGUUCAACUACAGGGGUCCUUGCUGGAGGUCAGAGGUACCAGAAGAGUGCAGUAGCAGACCUUAUUAAAAUGCACAAGUGCUCUUUUCCCGGCUGCAAUAAGAUGUACACCAAGAGCAGCCACCUUAAAGCCCAUCUGAGGAGGCACACGGGGGAGAAGCCCUUUGCCUGCACAUGGCCUGGCUGUGGAUGGAGGUUCUCUCGGUCCGACGAACUGUCACGACACCGCCGCUCCCACUCCGGAGUGAAACCAUACCAGUGCAUCGUCUGCGAGAAGAAGUUUGCCCGCAGUGAUCACCUGUCAAAACACCUCAAAGUCCACCGUUUUCCACGAAGCAGCAGGACAGGACGCUCUGCAAACUGACUCCUCUGACCCCGCUCUGACAGACUGUUGCAAAGCUGAGGGGGGUGGUUCAGGGGGCUGUGUUCGUGUAUGUGUGUGUGUAUUUGUGUGUGAUGAAAGACAGAGGAUAGGGGGUUCAGAGUCCAAACACCUUAUAAAGGACUCUGUGAAGGACUCUUUCGCUUGUGUGAGUUUAUGUUCAAUAUGUACGCAUGACGUACAUUCAUGGUACUGUGAUAAUUUAUUGGGUGGCAAGGAAAAGACUGUAAAAACUGAACUAAAACAGAAAACUGUUACUUGACACAACACCCUCACAGGUGGAAUAAGCUUCUUGUAUAUUACAACUUUUUUCUUAUUUUUACACUUUCAGGUGUGUGUUAUUGUUAAUGAGUCGAAAGCCUUUAUCAAUAAAAAGUUGCAUAACUAAGGGGUUUGCUAUUAUUUUAAAUCCCCAGUUUUUUUACCUUCUUGAAGCCAAAUGUAAUAUUAGCAAACACCCAUCCCUUAAUGUUGCCCAACAAGAGCUUACUGGACAUUGAGAACUGUCAGGGGCUUGGUUUGAUGAUUUCUCGAUAGACAGCAAAGUAAAUGAUGCAUCAACAUUCCUUUAGCUUUGAAUAAGUAUCUUUGUUGCCUUUGAGUCUCGUUAUAGGAUAACCUCAAAAACAAGAACAAAGCUCAAGUUCAUGUUGAAUUACUGCUCACCAACAAAUAUUAUGUCAGUAUGUAAUUUGUACUGGCACAUAUGAAAUAUUUGGUGUUCUGACUUGACUUACUGUUCUGUAACAUUUGUGGUUCAUCUGGUCAGGAGACUGAAUGUGUAAUUUUUAUGGCCUUUUUGGAUCAAAACAAAUUGGGGGUGCAGCUACAUCCAAAGAUAAUCCACAAAAAAUUUCAAGCCACGGUUGAAGACAAGACAAGACAUUCACAGAAGCAUGUCUGUUGGUCUGUCUUCAACUCAUGGUACAUCACAUUUGUUUUCUGGUUUUGUGAUGUUAUGUGAUGCCAUAUCAUGUAUUACUUUAUGUCACUUUAUUUACUCCAUGUCACUGCUGUCAAAAAAUACGUCAAAUAAAACAAGAUGGUAAAUUCACAUCGCUAAGAGGCACAAGGCAA